AUGUUCUCGGCUGCCAGUGCUCUGUUUCGCCGACGGGAUCGCAACCCCACCUCGGAGAGCGCCUAUGAGGUGCCCUUUUACACUAACGCGGCGUACUAUCCAAACUGGAGAAUCUAUCGAAAGGAGCCUCCCUCUUCAUUGAGACUUGGAUUUAUAUCACAUGUGUUCUAUGCAUUUGCCUGGGUGAAAGAAGACGGCACUGUUUAUUUGAGUGAUGAGUGGGCUGAUACCCAGAUGCCGGUUGACGGCACCGAGGGGUGCCUUCGGGCCUUCGUUCAGCUGAAGCAGCAGUACUCUCAGAUGAGAGUCAUUCUCUCCGUUGGAGGAGGUGGCAAAGGAAGUGAGAACUUCGCUGCUGUUGCCCGCAAUAAGUCCUCGCUGGAGACGUUUGUUCGUACCGCGCGGGGAUUAGUGGAUCAGUUCGGACUUGACGGUAUCGACGUUGACUGGGAGCACCCGGCGGACCCUAAACAAGGAAAAGAUUAUGUCCGUAUGCUUGCACGCCUACGCGAAGUGCUUCCCGCCCCGCGAUACGUCCUCGCUACCUGCCUUCCCGCUGGUCAGUGGGCCCUGCGGAACAUCGAUCUCGGCGCUGCAUCCAAAUAUUUGGACAUGUUGAACCUGAUGGCAUACGAUUUCGCUGGUCCAUGGGACCCUGAAAGCGGUCAUCAUGCCAAGCUUUCCGGACCAGGUGUUUCUGGUGAAUCGGCAGUGGACUAUGUGGUUUCCCAGGGAGUACCUCGUCGAAAGGUCAUCCUUGGUGUUCCAGUCUAUGGACGGUCAUUCCUAGGUAGCACCGGACCAGGCCAACGAUACACUGGCCAUGGUGGAGAGGAGGGUGUCUUUGAUUAUCGCGAUUUGCCGCGGCCAGGGACCCAAGAGUACCACGACAAACAGGCAGCAGCAUCAUUUUGUGUUGGAGGAGACGGAGGAUUUGUCACAUACGAUACCCCUGACACAGUGCAACAGAAAGCAAAGUAUGUGACGUCGUCGAAAUUAGGAGGACUGUUUUAUUGGCAUGUCUGCUCUGAUGCCCGUGGACCCAGAAGUCUGAUCGAGACUGGUUACAACACCUUACACGAUAUGUGA